GACGCGUUCGCGAUUCCAAACGAGAAGGUAUUGCGUUCGAGCUUGUCGUCGAAACACGAGCGCCGUGUACUUCAAAACUUACCUCCGUGUUUCGGUAUCGCAAAAUAAAAAAGUUUUUUAGUGAAAUUUAUUCUCCUACGAAAUAAGGUGCACCGGAAAAAUCUCGCGAGUGUUUCCUACUGGAUAAAAGUUUAAAAAAAUGAAACCGAAAGUACGACGCUGAUCAGUUUCUUCCAUCUUCGUGUCAUGAGGAGGAGACACAGGUCUCCUCCAAAACAAAGUAAACCAUUAAAGUGUUGUUACAGUGAUUUUGUGAAUAAAUAAAAAUAGUUUUCAAAAGUGGAUUAUUUUGAAAAAAGGAAUAUCUUGUGAGAAACGAUUGAGUGGAUAGUGUGAUCACUGAACACAGUUCAGGGAACAAAAAGCUUUCGUCGCACAUUCAGCGUCGGCAGUCUCGCGUGCCGCAAAUUUGUGAAGAUCCAGAGGAUUCUGGGAUAAGUUUUCUAAAAAGAGGACUAUUUUGGGAGAGUGAACAAAUGAGAGCGGAGGCGAAAACCGGCGAAGGAGGCUCAAGCGGCAGGUGGCCCGAUGGGAGAAAUUUCCAAAUUUUCACCGACCCCAGGGAUUAGAAAUUCAGAAACUUUGGAUUAACACUAGUUCAGUUGGCGAAAAAGCCAAUUGAAUUCUAAUCUUUUAACACCGACCUUUUUUUCGAGGACACGAGAAGGAUUUAAAAGUGGCGUUUAUCAAAGGAAUUACGAAAUUCGGCGAGAAUAACCCGAAAAUUGAAGUGUGUGGAUGUGGCUGUUUAGUGUUGAAAGGUGGUGGACGGCGACGGAAGUGCUGUGUGCGUUGAUAGUUGAGGGCGGUGGUUAUUACAAUGGUUUCCACGUCUUUUGUGACCCUGGUGUUCCUUGUGUGCCUUCAAACGGUUUUACUAUCAACCGUGAGCAACUGUGCGAAAACAAUCAGUAUGUACUGGAACACCACAAAUUCGAUAUUUCGAAUAGACAACACAGACCACAUAAUAGACGUGAACAAGAACAACGCAGCGUUCGAGUACGACCAAGUGAAUAUAAUCUGUCCUGUGUAUCAACCUGGGACGUACGAUGACGAAGCUGAAAAGUACAUUAUUUAUAAUGUGUCGAAGGAGGAGUACGAAACGUGUCGGAUAACGAAUGCGAGUCCGCGGGUAAUAGCAAUCUGCGACAAACCAUUCAAAACGAUGUAUUUCACCAUCACCUUCAGGCCGUUUACGCCACAACCUGGAGGCCUCGAGUUCCUUCCUGGACACGAUUACUACUUUAUCAGCACCUCCUCCAAGGACGAUUUGCACAGACGCAUCGGUGGACGAUGCACCACCCACAACAUGAAGGUCGUCUUCAAGGUCUGCUGCAACAACGACGCAGACACCUCAUCCUCAGCUACCUCCCGCAACAACUCCGUUGCGGUAACCAGCAGCACAGUUGCCAGCAGCAGCUCAACCACCGCAAUUUUGGGUGGAGGAAUAGCGGGUAUGCCUGCACUAACACCACCAAACGUUCACAAAGAUCGAUACUACCCCGGAGGCAACAUCCAUCAUCAUCACGAUCAUCAUCAGCCAGCCACGGUGUCGCCCACUCUAUCCGACGUACCCCCUCCAGUUAUCUACCCAGCUUAUCCACCUCAAGUUGCACUACCACCAAACUACAAAGGAUCACCGUCCUCACCGUCUAAGACUUCGAUCCAGAAGAAAAAGAACAAGGAGUACUCAGAUCACCCGAACGAAGUUGUAAAGAACGAAGAGCUCACAUACAACAGUGGGACUACAAGUAUGCGACAUGAUCGGAUGCAGCAGCUCUCCUUACUGGCAGGGACGCUUCUGGUCACCCUGCUUCUGACCAAUUUACUACGGUGAAGCAACUGCCGACCGAAUUGAAGUGUCGAACCCCUUCUUCUGUGAUUAUCCUACGUUUAAUUAAUUUCCACGAUCGUUUGGACUUUCUCGAUCGUGAAGAUUCGAGUCGCGGGGACGCGAUGUUAAACAUGCCAGCGAUCGUUAUGUGAAAAGCGCGCGCCUCCCGGGUGGGAAUGAAGUCGAAAGAGGAUGCGUCGAAAAACGAGCAACAGGCCAUAUUACGAUUAAACGAGAAAUUUAAUUUAAAAAAGACAAAAAGAAACAAAUGAAAAACAGUACUACUACUACUACAACUAGGCACUACCAUAGUAGUAAGCCCACUAAUAUUACUACCAUAAAGCGGUAGUAUAUUGGUUGUCCUUUAUUAUCAUUACGCUAAUUCUAGGUAUUUAUUUAAAAUGCAAGAUCGAGCGUUUUGCGUGCUAAGUAUCCUCGAGCGACGACGACAACGACGACGAGGCACGACAAAAUAUUCAAUUUAAAUUAUAUAGGACGCUCGAAAACCACUACGUACAUCGUCGGCGGCGAAUGGCUCUUCCGCAAAAGACUGACAACGACUGAGGCGUGUGCAUUCCAUCCUCGUUCAUAUUCUUGAUGUAUCGGCCAAAGUGGCAAAACUUGGAUCAAACCUCGUUUACGUUAGAUAGUCCUUAUGGCCUACCAAAUUAUUUUUCCCACUCGUAUGUUAACGGAUCGCAAAUGUCUACUUUUUUUCUCUGAGAGAACCAAUCUCUUCAAAUUAGAGAAAUUGUUCUUUUACAGUUGAAAGUCGAUAUCUGCCGUACGAAAAUUCUCAAAAGACUGUAAAUGUUAAUCAUAAAUGUUAGUAAGAUUCGCAAAAAAAAGCGAGUAGGAGACUGUGUCGAAGGGCCGUGCGCUCGACGCGCGGGUCGUGACAUGAUAUUUAGCACGCGUGUAAAUAAAUUCCUACGAAUAUGUGUACAACGGGCUCUUGGUCCUGGGAAAAAGAAAUCGUUUAUCGUUU